GAAGCCAUGCAAUCUCAUCCAACCAUACAGUCUUUACCUUUCCUGAAAUUUUUUCCUAAACUGUUCUUUCUAACUAAAGUCUCCUAAAACUGCACAGGUGUGUAAGUUGUAAACAGAGCUCUAACUAUAAAAACCCCGGCAUUUUCUGCUCUUAAUGGUUAUGAAAUAAAGACUCGGACUGAGUUUUUAGUGUUGUUUCUGAGAAGAAAACAACAGAUACCAUGGUGGCUCUAGGCCUCCAAGUUGCACAUUUUACUGCUCCUCAACAGUUUUCAAAUCGAAGACACGGAAAUUUUAGCAAUUUUAUCCGCUGUGGUAUUGCAGAGCCGUCUGGAGAGCCAGCUCCACUGGGACAGAAAACAAAAUAUAACGAUGGGUUGUUUGAGAAAGCAUUUAUCACUCUUUUUGCCCGCAAGAUGGAGAAGUUUGCGGCUGCACCAAAAGCUGGGGAUGAAGCAAAGAAGGGAUGGUUUGUGUAUGACUAUGAGAGUUUCGUUGAGGUGUCACAGAGGGUAAUGCAGGGGAGAUCUCGCUUGCAGCAGCAGCAAGUGGUCCGAGAAGUGCUCUUGUCCAUGCUCCCUCCAGGUGCACCAGCUCAGUUUAGGAAAUUGUUUCCACCAACAAAGUGGGCUGCGGAGUUCAAUGCUGCACUGACUGUUCCUUUCUUCAACUGGUUAGUUGGCCCUUCUGAGGUUGUGGAAGUGGAAGUAAAUGGAGUGAAGCAAAAAAGUGGAGUUCAUAUUAAGAAAUGCAGGUACCUGGAGAACAGCGGGUGUGCUGGAAUGUGUGUGAAUAUGUGCAAGAUUCCUACUCAAGAUUUCUUUACCAAUGAGUUUGGGCUUCCAUUAACCAUGACUCCCAAUUUUGAAGACAUGAGUUGUGAAAUGAUCUAUGGACAAGUUCCACCCGCUUUUGAGGAAGACCCGGCAUCCAAACAGCCUUGUUUUGCAGAUAUAUGUUCCAUGGCAAAUCCCAGCUCUAGUGUCUGCCCCAAACUACAAGCAUGAGAUGAUGCUCUCCCUGCCUUCUCUAAUAGGAGAAGAAAACUGUCCCACAUACAUAGUUGAAGACUUUUUCCUGUAUCCUGUUACUCUCCAUCUUCAACAUUCAUACAUCUUAUAACUAAAACAAGAAAUGUACGCAAAGCUUGAUUAAUUAAGAAAGAAGAAAGAGGAAAGAAUCUUUGGUGACAUCAUACUUCAGGAAACAAUUGAGAAACUGCUAUGUAUAGACUGCAUAGAUAAUACUAUCAUUUUCUAUUCGUUCGUUUCAAUCAA